CAGUCCACGUCAUCUACUCUUCUACAAUAUUUAACCGUUGCUUUGCUUAUUCUUCCACACACAAGCCAUCUCUGACAAAGAUACCAAGGUAAAGAAAUGGCCACAACUCUCUCGGUACGGCCCAACCGCGCCAUCAUCGGCCUUGACUCGGCCGGUUCGGUCCGGCCCAGACCUCGUUCUCGCCGGUCGUACACAACCCAUGUCGCAAAGAUGUUAAAGAAAGACCGUUCCUGGUGGGGGGUUGCGUUCAAUCCCUCCCGGCGCAAGUUAUCUACGGUCCUUUUAGCCGGCUCCAAAGCAGACGACUCCGCUCAGUUCGAUAUGUCCGUAGAGAACGCUUUGAAGCUGUUGGGUGUCUCAGAGGGAGCUUCUUUUGAUGAUAUACUCGGAGCUAAGAAUUCAAUUCUUGCUUCUUGUAAAGACGACCAAGAGGCGAUUGCACAGGUAGAGGCUGCAUAUGAUAUGUUGCUCCUGAAGAGCUUGUCACAGCGGAAAGCAGGAAAGGUUCUAAGUAGUAGCAUUCGUUAUGCUGAUGUUAAACCUGUGAAAGCUCCUGGGAUGGGAUCAAUGCCUCAGUGGUUGCAGGCUACAGUCAAGAGUCCACCCAUUUCAGUUGAAGCACCAUCUACUGGAGACUUAGGUGUACAAGCAGGAGUAUAUGGAGCUUUAAUGGUCUUAACAUAUGUCAAUGGAGCCUCUACAUCUUCUGCAGGGCCGUAUGCUGGUGCUGAUGUUCCUGGGCUGAUCUUGGCCACUAGUUUUGGGGCGUCCUUAUACUUCAUGAGCAAGAAGAAUGUUAAGUUAGGUAAGGCAACCUUAAUAACACUAGGAGGGCUUGUGGUUGGUGCAGUGAUGGGGUCAGUAGUUGAAAAUUGGUUGCAAGUCGAUAUUGUCCCAUUUCUCGGUAUACACUACCCUGCUACUGUUGUGAGCGAGUUUAUACUUUUCUCUCAACUUUUAGUCUCUCUUUAUGUAAGAUAGGACUAGGAAAAACUCUAAUUUUUGUUGAACUUGUAUGAUUCAAAGUUAUUCUUUUUGAAUUACCACGUAUGUGCAUCUUUAGAACCUAUACUUGCACAAGCACAAAUAUAAUGUUGUACAGCUUAAUUUGGUUGAGAUUUUGCUCUUGAACAUUUAUGGAGAUCAGCUAGUUUCAUUUUGGACCUUCUUCUUCUUCUUUUUGUUGUUGGCAAAUGAUUG